AUGAAAUAUACAGAUGAAGAUCUGAUAAGGUGUUUAACGAAAUUCAUUCGUCGAAUGACAAUCGAAUACCAUGAUAUUUCGUGUAUAGACUUAUACGGUAACAAAGAGCCAGCUGAAUUAUUACAAAAUUCAGGUAAUGAUCAUGUAAAUUAUUUCUUUACUCAAUUGAAGAGAAAAACGAUCAAGGGUAAAAACUUCAACAGAUCAAUUGUUGGUGGUCGCAAAUGGAAAGGACGAGACAAUAGUAAAGAAAUUUUGGACAAGGAAAGAUCACAAAUAGGGUAUAGGAAAACUCUUCGUUUUGAUGAAGAAAGUAGCAGUGAAGAUAAAGAAAGUGUAUACUGGAUUGUGAAAGAAUACUCUCUUGAUAAAACUACAAUGGAUGUAUUAAGUAAACGCGGCAAAAUCAGACCUAAAGACUCUGUUGUGUGUUUCAUUACAAAGAAAGUCAGUAUAUGUAAAAAUCAUCAAGAUAUUCCUAUAACAAUCGAGAAUGUAGUUCCUGAUUGUGUCUCAAAUUCAUCGAGUGAUCACGAUGGAUGGUUAUAUGGUGCAAAAAUUUGGCAGCUACCAUCAUUGGAUGAACCAUUUAAAGCCUUGACUGAUGAAGAAUUGGAUUACUUUGAUACGUCUAAUCUUGAAUAUCUGCACGCAUACAAUAGGCUCACACCUGGAUCUAGCAAUGCAGAUACAUCAAAAGUAAAGACUUUGAUCAUACCAGUUACAACAUCAUGUGAAUUAUCUUUAGUCAAGGUGUCGAAAAAAGAAGGACAUGCCCACUUGUCGGCCAUACAGAUUGUGAAGGGCCUAAAGAAAGGGGAGUCGAAGUUCAUAGCCACCAUUGCAAGUUCAGGAGAAUACAAUGAUGCUAAGGAGUCCUUUCCACCAAUCAUAGAGAAGGUUCUUGAAGAAAACAAGGACGUGAUGUCAGACGUACUACUAAAGAAUUUACCUCCUAGGCGCGAGGUAGAUCACAAGAUCGAGCUGGAGAUUGGAGCCAAGCCACCCACACAUGCACCCUAUCGUAUGGCUCCACCCGAGUUAGAGGAGCUAAGGAAGCAUUCGUCCGUCCAAAGCGCCUAUGGCUGA